AUGCAGCGCGCCGACGUGGCGCUGGUGGUGGCGUCGCCAGAGCCGCUGCCGACCACCGCCCCCGCCUCCGCCCCCGCGGCCGGCGUGUACGGCGGCGCGGCGGCGGCGGCCGAGGCGCUGGUGGGGGUGCGGCUGGAGCGCGGCCGGCGCUGCGAGGCGCUGGCACUGCCCGGCCGCCCCCACCUGCCGCCCCCGGCGCGCGCCCUCCGCCUGCUGCGCGCUCGCCGCCUCUCGGACCUGCGCCGCCUGGUGCGCCGCCUCCACCCCGGGGGCGACCUCGGGCCGGCGGUGCGUUCCGCCGCCAGCCGGACCGCGGCGCUGGCGCUGCUGCGGAUAGCCCACGAGACUGUGGAGGACUGCCCUCCGCAACAGGCGAAUCCGGGAGUGGCUAUCGACGUCUCGUCCAGCGACUUGCCGGAAGAACAUGAGCCAGUAUACGCCAGUGAGUCUUCAGUACCCCCGACCGUGCGGCAGCAGGCUCUGCCCACCGUCGCGGUGAGCACCCUCGUGGACCUGCAGAAGAUGAACCUCCUGGGUCCGGACCUUUCCGAGGAAGACACGGAAGAGGAAGAAGGCGACGGUAGCGUCCUAGGGACAGAUGCGUCCGGGUCGGCAAGUGGUGUGGACCCUGACAGCAUAAGCCUGCAGCUGUGAACCACGACACGACGCGGUGCAGCUCCACCCAACUCUCAUGUUCCUCCUUAUCUAGUCCUCAGCCUACCUCCAGUCAGAAGCUCUACGCCUCAUGUGAUGUUUUUGUUUUGUUUGUGAAAUGUAAUUUAUUCUACAGGUUUUGAACAAUACAGUGCAGUUAACACUU